AUGAGCGAUUGUACCUUCUAUACUUACCAACCUGGUAAACCAGUCAAGGAGAAAAGGCAUCCAAAUAUGUUUUUCUUAUAUCGAAAAGAUAUGAUGAGAUAUAGACCUUAUAACAUAAGUAUGUCUGAAUUCAGCAAAACGGUGUCGGAAAAAUGGAAGGAACUAUCAGAAGAUCAAAAAAUAAGAUGGCAAAGGAAGUAUCACGAACGUCGUGAUAAAAAAUUGCAAAUCGCAGUCUCUAAUUCCCCUAUCGAGGUUAUCAGCGAAAUUCAGACCGCAGCUGCCAUUCCAAAUUCUGUUAAUAACGAUUUAACUUCCAUUAUGAAAGGUGAUUGCUUUCUCACGGAAGGACCUCCGGAAGACUUUCUUUUUCAAUAA